AUGGAAGCUGUCAGGGCAGCCAGCUCCUCUGCUCCAUCGUACCACAGUAGAAGUUUCUGUUGCUCACCCAGGGCUCUGGUGUCCACUCCAGCCCAGCUUCCCCUGCUGCUAACAGCACUGGGCCAUGAGUUAACUGCAUCGGGCUGGUGUUACAGUGUCUCAGAGGGGAGGCCCCGGGGAACUGCAGAAACCAGCAGGGCCCAGACUCUGGACAGAACUGAGCUUUAUCUUGAGGGUGCUGGAAAACAUGAAGAGGAGGCCACCUCUUCCGUUCUCUAUCUGCUCUGUUUUCAUAAUGCCUCCUUUUUUCCCUGCGUGGGUGUUAGGCUGCCCUCUGCCUCUUUGACAGGGACACGUGGGCUUUUGGAACUCACCCAAGUAACCGAAGGUAAUCCCCCAUCUCAAAGUCCUCAUUCAUGUGUCUAGACUCUUCCCUGAUAAGGUACCAUUGCUAGAGAUCAGGAUCGGCAAAUCCUUGGCAACAUGCAAUCAGGAAGGAUUACUGGUAGGUUCCAGCUCUUUUAGGGGGGCAGCGGCAGCUGAGGCCCUGGUGCCUGGUUCCCACUGAGAAGGACUGUUGGUUUGGAGUUGUCCAACAACCUUUACAAAUCUCUUUGGUGACCAAAGUCACAGAGACGGUCAGGGGCAGAGCUGAGACUGAACUUUGAACAUCUUAUCCAGACUUCAUGCUCAGAUUGGAGAGUGGAGGAGACAGGGACAGGCCUGGCGGGAGGUCAGGCAGUAUUGGAUCAUGCAGCUGUGAACUGAUGGCGAUCUGAACUGAGGCGGCGGCAGAGGACAGGUGGAGUUGAGCAACAUCAGCCAUCAGCCAUAUCAGAGACAGGGUUUCAAGUCACUCCAUAUGCAGCUGACCUCCUGCCGCUACCACCCAAGUGGCAUGCUUGCCCAGCUCAAACGAUAGGAUUUGCAGUUGAAAUGAUCUGUGAGGAGGGUGGAUUAGGAGUCCCCGGGGCCUCCCCUCUGAGACACUGUAACACCAGCCCCAUGCAGUCAACUCAUGGUCCAGUGCUGUGUUAGCAGCUGGGGAGGCUUGGCUGGAGUGGACCCCAGAAGCCUUGAGUAUACACCAGUCUACCCAGAAGCCUCUGCUGUGGCACAAUGGAGCAGCUUCCAUAACUGAACAAUGUAUGACCCUUACGGAGAGAAUGGGUCAAGAAUGUGUCGCAUUUCUGACUUGGGCAGCUGAUGAGAAGUUGGUGGAAUAUCUUCCUGGAGUAAGUAUGUUCAGGAGAAAAAGCAAUUGGAGUCAAAGGCUAAGUUCUGAGCUUAAGGCUCUGAGUUUGAAUGGUAUAUGAGGCUCAUAGCUGUGCAUUUUGAUUGUGUAGACAUUUGCUUUCAGAGCUUUAAGAUAGAUUAUAUAUCACCAGCCUAUAGAUGGUAAUCGGAGCCAUGGACAUCUUCAACUGACCAGCAAGAAGACGAAAGCAAGAACCUUGGACCAGAGCCCUGCGUGGUGCUAACAUCCAAGGGGCAGGGAGAUGCAGAAGGUCCCAAGGGAUUCAGAGAUGGAGAGGCCAGAGAGAUCCAAGGAGGUCAGGAGAAUGUAGGCUCCUCAAGGCUGAGGGAAGAAGGAGAAGGAAGCGGUCCAUGGCCACCAGGGCCGAUCAUGGCAUCUGUAGCAUGUCUGCCUGACCGGGAAGGGAGUGAGCUGGCCAAGGAGGCAUCGGAGAAGCGGUGGGGGUGGGAGCCAGACUGGAGUGGGUGGAAGAGUGAAUGGAGAUGCGGAAAUGGAUGUGGUGACUCACUCUUUCAAAAGCCUGGGCUGCACAGGAGGAGCCAGGCCCUGCGCGGGGUAGAAGAAUGUGGGGAGGAGGGAGGCUGUAUUUUUAAGAUGAGAAGUCAUACUUAAAUGCAGAUGGGAAAGAGAUGGAGGAAAAGAGGGAAAGGGAUGGCGUAAAUGACAAACCACUGUCACCACGGUCACUGUCACCUUCACUGGCACCAGCUAGCAACCCCAGGGAAAGCUUGCCGGGCCCCCUUCUUUCUGUAAUCACGUUACAGCUCCGUUCUGCGCCCUUCUCCUUCAGGGGGCUUCUCACAACUGCUACAUCUAUCCUCAUCGCCAUACUGAUGCCCAGGGUGCCACCCAGACCCUUCACUGCCUCCGCCACGCCUGUGCGACCAUGCCCUUGUCUGUCAAGACCUUUGUGAAAGGCUGGGUGCACGCUUUUGCUUUGCACGAGACAACGCCGCCUUCUGUAGUUUGACCCAAGGAAUUGAGACAUAAAUGCGCAUGCCCUUUGACCUGGCGGUUCACCUCAGGAAGAGGCCCCGACAAAUGCUCCUGGCAACGUGAAUGAGGGUGUAGAGGCCCCAAAGGCGGGAGCGAGGUCCUGGGGCUAGCUGUGGAGUAAACCAACGUGAAGGCAGGCCUCUCUUUCACUUGCUCAGAACUCAGGGUUUCUUCUAAAAGGCAGGCAGGCUUUGCUGAGAGGCACUUCCUGCCCGGGGAGCUGGGAGAGAGGACCUUCUCAUCAUGCUGUCUGUGGACCAGCUCUGCAGCUACACAUCGGUGAAAGUCCUUCAUAUCCAAAGCGUAUGGGUCGGGACUCUGAAGAAAAUCCUUCUAGCGGUCAUCAGCAUGUACAUUUGCUUUGCUUUGGUGAGUGACAAGCUGUAUCAGCGGAAAGAAUCUGUUAUCAGCUCCGUGCACACCAAGGUCAAAGGGAUCGCAGAGGUGACCGAGAAUGUCAUGGAGGGUGGGGUGCUGAAGUCACUGCACAGUGUCUUUGAUACUGCAGACUACACCUUCCCUUUGCAGGGGAACUCGUUCUUUGUAAUGACGAAUUUUCUCAAAACAGAAGGCCAAGAACAGAAGCUGUGUCCUGAGUAUCCCCGCCGAGGUACACAGUGUCAUUCUGACAAGGACUGUACCAAGGGGUGGAUGGACCCGCAAAGCAAAGGAAUCCAGACUGGCAAGUGUGUACCCUACGAUGAUCAGAACAAGAAGGAGAAGACCUGUGAAGUCUUUGCCUGGUGUCCCACUGAGGAGGGGAAAGAAGCCCCCCGGCCUGCACUCCUGAGGAGCGCUGAAAACUUCACUGUACUCAUCAAGAACAACAUUGACUUCCCCGGGCACAACUAUACGACGAGAAACAUCUUGCCAGAUACGGGCAUCCUUUGCACCUUUCAUAAGACUCAGAACCCUCAGUGUCCCAUUUUCCGACUCGGGGACAUCUUCCAGGAAGCAGGAGAGAACUUUUCAGAGGUGGCAGUUCAGGGAGGAAUCAUGGGCAUUGAGAUCUACUGGGACUGCAACUUGGACAGCUGGUCCCAUCACUGUUAUCCCAAAUACAGCUUCCGCCGCCUGGAUGACAAGUAUACCAAUGAGUCCUUGGUCCCUGGCUACAACUUCAGGUACGCCAAGUACUACAAGGAAAACAACGUGGAAAAGCGGACACUGAUCAAAGCCUAUGGGAUCCGUUUUGACAUCCUGGUUUUCGGCACCGGAGGAAAAUUUGACAUCAUCCAGCUGGUUGUGUACAUUGGAUCCACACUGUCCUACUUUGGCUUGGCCACUGUGUUCAUUGACUUGCUCAUCAACACCUACUCCAGUGCCUUCUGCAGGUCCAGCGUUUACCCCUAUUGUGCGUGCUGCGAACCUUGUGCAGUCAACGAGUACUACUACAGGAAGAAGUGUGAAUCGGUGGUGGAGCCGAAGCGGACAUUAAAAUAUGUGUCCUUUGUGGACGAACCCCACAUUCGCAUGGUGGACCAGCAGCUACUCGGGAAGAGUCUGCAAGUUGUCAAAGGCCAGGAAGUUCCAAGGCCUCAGAUGGAGAUCACGAACCUGUCUAGGCUGUCCCUGUCUCUCCACGACUCACCUCCCGUUCCUGGACAACCCGAGGAAAUGCAGCUGCUUCGGGAAGAGGUGGCCCCCAGGUCCGGGGACAGCCCAGGCUGGUGCCAGUGUGGAAACUGCCUCCCGUCCCGUCUGCCGGAGCAUCGCAGGGCCCUGGAGGAGCUGUGCUGUCGGAGGAAGCGGGGACCCUGCAUCACCACCUCAGAGCUCUUCUGGAAGCUCGUGCUGUCCAGACAAACCCUGCAGCUCCUCCUGCUCUACCAGGAGCCCUUGCUGGUGCUGGAGGAAGAGGUCAGCAACCGCAGGCUGCGGCACUGCGCGUACAGGUGCUAUGCCAUCUGGCGCUUCGGCUCCCAGGACAUGGCUGACUUCGCCAUCCUGCCCAGCUGCUGUCGCUGGCGGAUCCGGAAGGCGUUCCCCAAGACGGAGGGGCAGUACAGUGGCUUCAAGUGUCCCUACUGACAGUAGAGCUGGCACAUUAUGGUGGCUCCUCGUGCAGCUUCUCUCGUAAAGACCUAGAGCCAUGUUUUCAGACAAAGGGAACUUAGCUUUCCUCUCUUGUACGCUCGUGGUGUGUUGAAGACCUGAUUAGACCAACCCACAGGCGCACGAGCCCUCGCCACAUGAAUGAGAACCAGAUGCAGAUCUGAGCCUGGAGUCCGAGCCUGGCUGCUGUGCCACCCUCAACCCUGAAUGUGUACACAGGGUCCUCAUUUCCCAGCCUACUUUCUCUGAUUAGCUUGAGAACAGAUUGAGAUGGCGUAGGCGAUCUCUUAUAAAUGUUUACAUAGCUCCAUGGAUGCAAAGGUCCAACCCUAAAAACUAAACCUUUGGCAUUUGAGAAUGCCCUGAGAGAUUAAAGAUGGCCACGGAUUCUUUGACACCCACCCCCACGACCCUCAAGACCCAAAAACAUUGUUUUCCCCUCCCCAUUGUGGGCAGCUCUGAUGGCUUCAUCCAGUAGUGGAUGUGACAUUGCAUCUAUUUCGGGACCUUCUUUUAAGAGGCUAACAGCGUCCACUUCCUGGCCUUGGAACUCUGGCUGAGGGGAAGCCAGCCCAAGUUCAGAGUCUGACUCUAGGAGGCUUCUCUGUUGUGAGGAAGCCGGAGCAGCCCCAUGGAGAAGUACCCAAUCUGCUGCCAGCUCAUUGCCUUGAAGCGCAGUCACCACACAGGGAGAGAGGCUGCCUUGGGUGAUUCUAGCCCCUACUAACAUGUGACUGGAACUGCAGGAGUCAGGCCAAGCUUGAACUGCCCAGUCCACCCAGAGGUCUGCCCUCCUGUCUUAAGUCAUUACAUUUGGGGGAAGGGGACUGGCACACAGCAAUAGGUAACUGGGACAAGAGGUGGACAUGGAGGCCUGGGGUCACCGCAAAAUGUAACACUCUGUUGGGUAGUUAUAAGAGGACUCGUUAACCCAGCCUAGAAGCCAUGACAUCUAACGUAUACAAGAUAGAGUCUGAUCCUCAUUGCUAGCCUAUGGUUCUAAGUGACUAUUGUCAGAAACUGGUAAAAGCCACCUCUGUGCCUUUAACAGCCUGGACUUUACAGCCAACGAGUGUGGAGGCAAUCUGAGCGCUACUUUAAAAGGCAGCCCAACCUGCCAGGUGCAGAGCAAUCCCAGUGCCCAGAAGGCCGAGGCAGGAAGGUGGAGUGUUUUGCCUGCAUGUAUGUCUGUGCACCACACAUGCCUGGUGCCUGUGGGGGUCAGAAGAGGGUGUCGGAGCCCCUGGAACUGGAGUUGCAGAUGGUCGUGAGCCACCAUGUGGGUGCUGGGAACCGAACCUGAGUCCUCUGAAAUAGUAACAAGUGCUCUUAACCACUGAGCCACCUCUCCAGCUUCAAAACCACGUCUUUAAGAAAAUAAAAUUAUCAUAAUCAUAAAAAUUAAAAAGGGGGGGGAAGAGGGGCUAGAGAGAUGGUUCAGAGGGUAAUGGCAUUUUCUACACAAGCAAGAGGACCUGAGUUUGGAUCACAGCAUCCACAUAAAGAGCUGGUUCAGAGGGUGAAAGGGCCUGCUGUGCAUUCUCAUGACCUGAGUUCAACCCCUGAAAUCUGUGGGGGAAGUGGAGAACCAACUCCUAAAAGUUGUUCUCUGACCUCCACAUGUCACACACACACACACACACACACACACACACACACACACACACACACACACACCAUACAUGCACACUGAUAAUAAAUAAAAUAAUUUAAUUUUUAAAGAAAAAGCCAGCCGGGCGGUGGUGGCACACGCCUUUAAUCCCAGCACUCGGGAGGCAGAGCCAGGCGGAUCUCUGUGAGUUCGAGGCCAGCCUGGGCUACCAAGCGAGUCCCAGGAAAGGCGCAAAGCUACACAGAGAAACCCUGUCUCGAAAAACAAAAAAAACAAAAACAACAACAACAACAAAAAAGCCAGUACCCUUCACCGUCUUCUGCAACUGCUAAGCACAUAAGAGUGGCCAGUCACAGGUGUGGGGGUCCUGCCUUAAGAUUUCUUUUUUACGGUUUUUUCAUUAGACAUGGCUGCUUGUUUCUAAAAGACUCUUCCGUGGAAUAGAGACUGUGAGUAUUAUGAGAUACUGUGACUGAUGAUCUACUCUGAGACUUGCCAUUUUGAGACUUUUAAGAGCCAGAAGCGAUAACUAUAGAUUGAAAGGGUGGGGCCGAGAUGGCUUAAUGAAAAAGGUGCUUGCUGACAAGCUGGAUGGCCUGGCCUGACCCACGUGAUGGGAAGAGAGAACCGACUCCCCAAGGCAUCCUCUGACUUCCACACGCAAACACUGGCCACCCCCAGUACAUGAUGUAAUUUUUAAAAACAGAGACUUCUCAGCACGGAUAAAACCUAUUAUUUUAAGCCCAGAGUUUUAUCUAGUUUUAAACUCAGGAAUCACACUAGUUGCACCAACUUUGAUUUUUAUUUUUUCCUAUCUUUUUGGAGACUUUUUUUUCAAGACAGGGUUUCUCUGUGUAGUUUUGGAGCCUGUCCUGGAUCUCACUCUGUAGACCAGGCUGGCCUCAAACUCACAGAGAUCAGCCUGCCUCUGCCUCCCGAGUACUGGGAUUAAAGGCGUGCACCACCACUGCCCGUCUGGAGAUUUUUUUUUUUUUAAAGUGGGCUGUAUUUGACCUCAGAGUUGAACUUUUUAGCCUAAGGAUUCUAUGUAAGAGCUACAGGCUUCCCGUCCUGUGGCCUCAGAAUCUUCAUACCUUCAUCUCGAUGCCUCCUUCCUAGUGUGCUUACAUUACCUUGUUGAGACCUCAGAUAGUGAAUGAUCACUGGAUCCUUCUAGUGUUUUCUUUUGCCUUGGUCGCUGGUACUGUAGUGAGGGUGACAUGCUAUUCUGCAGCUGCAGUGGUACGUGCAUCCUUCUUGUGUGGGUAUUGCCACGGUCCGGGCCAUGAGCAGCCCAGUGUGCAGGAUCCAGUUCCUUGCUGUUAGCCGCAUUCUGAUCUGUCCAUUACCCAGUAUUCAUGGCUUCCUCAGUCAGAAGGGAGUGAGACGCUUCCUAACUUCAUGCAGCACUCAGGGUGGAUUCACUUCUCCCUUUAAUGGGAACCAUCUUCUAAACAUUUCCUAAUUUCAGGUUGGCAAUGUAAGUUUUCUUAACUAUUUUAAUAAUAAAAAUGGAUUUAAAUUCA